GCGGUCACGGGCACGGCGCGCGUUCACGUGGCGGGCUGAUCGACACGAGGCUUGUUGGGGAAAACCGCGCGCAUUAGCGCUCGAGCGGCUGAAGCGCGAGGAGCUCAAACACACAGAGACAAAGAGAGAACCAUGGAGCUGGACGUGGAAACCGCAGAUGUGAUCCGCCUGAUCAUGCAGUACCUGAAGGAGAACAACCUCCACCGCACGCUGGCCGCGCUGCAGGAGGAGACCACCGUGUCUCUGCACACUGUGGACAGCAUCGACAGCUUCAUCGCGGACAUUAACGAUGGACACUGGGACGUGGUUCUGCUUGCCAUCCAGUACCUUAAACUUCCUGACAAGCUGCUGAUUGAUCUGUAUGAGCAGGUGGUGCUGGAGCUGAUUGAGCUACGAGAGCUUGGAGCAGCCCAAUGUUUACUGGCUCAAACGGAUCCCAUGAUCAUGAUGAAGCACACCCAACCUGAGCGCUACUCCAAGCUGGAAGCCCUGCUCUUGAGCCCACACUUCGACUCAAAAGAGGCUUAUCCAGAAAGCAGCGAUAAAGACAAACGCAGGCAGGCCAUAGCUCAAGCAAUGGCUAAAGAGGUCAGCCUGGUCCCACCCUCUCGUCUCAUGGGUCUUCUCGGACAGGGUCGUAUAUGUGAAGGCGCACUCUACAGGUUACAAGAGACCAAAGCGCUCAGGCAGUUUGGAUCCCUUGCAGUCUUGUCUCUGAAAUGGCAACAGCACCAGGGUCUUCUGCCCCCUGGCAUGUCAAUAGACCUGUUCAGGGGCAAAGCCAUGAUGAAGGAUCUGGAAGAGGAGCGAUUUCCUACUCAGCUCAGUCGUCUCAUUAAGUUUGGUCCAAAGACGCAUGUGGAGUGCGCACGCUUCUCCCCAGAUGGUCAGUACCUGAUUACGGGGUCAGUUGAUGGCUACAUCGAAGUGUGGGAUUUCACCACAGGCAAAAUAUGCAAGGAUCUGAAGUACCAAAAUCAGGAUAACUUCAUGAUGAUGGAGGAGGCUGUGUUGUGUCUGGCAGUCAGUAGUGACACUGAGAUGGUGGCCUCCGGAGCUCAGGACGGCCAAAUCCAGGUAUGGAGAAUCCAUAAUGGCCAGUGUCUGCGCAAAUUUGAACGGGCCCACAGCAAGGCAGUCACCUGUAUCUGCUUCAGCAAGGACAACAGUCAGCUUUUGAGUGCCUCCUUUGACCAGAUCAUCAGAAUUCAUGGACUGAAGUCAGGAAAGAUGCUGAAGGAGUUCCGAGGUCAUGCGUCCUGCAUAAACGACAUCACCUUCUCCCACAACGGCCACUACAUCAUCAGCGCUUCAGCAGACGGCUCAGUCAAAGUCUGGAACGCAAAGACGACAGACUGCAUCAACACCAUCAAAACGCCAGACGUCCCCGAGGGUGCAGACAUCACAGUCAACAACGUCGUUCUGGUGCCCAGAAACCCAGAGCACUUUGUGGUGUGCAACAGGACCAGCACAGUCGUCGUGAUGAACAUACAUGGUCAGGUACUGAGGAGUUUCAGUACAGGUGUGCGGGAGGGUGGGGACUUCGUUUGCUGCACAUUGUCCCCUCGUGGAGAGUGGAUCUAUUGCGUGGGAGAAGACUUUGUGCUCUACUCGUUCAGCACCAUCACCGGCAAGCUGGAGAGAACUCUCACAGUGCAUGAGAAAGAUGUGAUUGGCAUAACCCACCACCCUCACAACAACCUCAUCGCCACGUACAGUGAGGACGGCCUGCUGAAGCUAUGGAAACCCUGAAGCCCCUCCGCUCGGCAGCGCACACACUUAAAAUUGAACAACAUCGUCUACAUUUGUGUAGUGGUUCUGAUUCUGUGGUACCUCUGUACAUUCAGGUCUCUGGAGCUGCAUUAGUAAUUAGUCUGACAUCUGAAAGUCUUCCAUUCGGCACCAAUGAAGGUCAAAUUCAAAGUUAUACAAUUUGCACCUAGUCUGGGUAUAGUCUCCAUAUCCAGCAAGUUAACUGAAGGUGUCUGGUAGGUGUGGAAAGACUAACCAUCGAAAUUUGAGAUCUACCUGGGUUGAACCAAAUUAACCAGGCCACAAAAUGAGAAUAAAAAAAAGCAUAGAAACUCGCCAUAUUUUUGGCUUUACGAAGCCAAUCUUUCUUCUCUGAAGACCCCGCCCCCCUGCAUGAACAUAGUGGCAUACUCUUUGUGACAGGAUCUCUGUAGUGUCGUCUAUGUCAGUAUAUGCAUGCCAGUCGUAGCCAAAUGAAACUACAUAUACUGGUUUUCCUCCUAGACAGUGUCUCAAAUCGACUAGACAUAGCGUUUGUAAUCGUUACAAAGCGAGGCAGACAUACGAGGGUGUACAAGCCUGGAGUAUGAAGGAACUAGGGCUGUUCCAAUGGUAAGAACAUCUGUAGAUCCUGUAGAGGGGAUUAGCUUCAAUUUAAGGGAGUUUACAGCAAGGCCCAAAACUGGAGCCAGCACUAGAUGUACUUACUAAUGAACAUUCUGAGGUGGACACGUGGUGAAAUGUUCGAUUUCAGUCCAAUUUGUGUGAAGGAUUGGUGUGUUUUAACACUUGACCCCACACUUGCAUGCAACAUAACCUUUGUUAUGCAACAAUGGAAAUAUGCUGUGUGUGUAAUGUAUGUAUUAAGAGUUAGAUUUUUGGUAUUUAUGAAUAUAUAGGCAUACUUUUUGACAGGCACUCUUUUUAUUUUGACAAAAAAGUCAACAGAGGUUAAAGUGAUUUUACUAUGUAAAUUCAUUAAGUGGUAUUGAAGUAUUGGAACAUGAA